AUGAAACCACUUUCGCCAUCUAACGAACAUCACUAUGCAAAAGCACGUAUGCUUACAAAUAAAGCCAGCAGUCGUAGACCAGUUAUUAUUGAUACAGACACAGAUAUUGAUGACUUGUGGGCAGUUGCAUAUUCAAUUAAUGUACCGACAAUUGAUGUUGUGGCUAUUACUGCAGUCGGCGAUGGGUUUAGUGAUCCAUUCUAUACUGCACCAAAUAUGUUAACCUUACUUGGCUUAUUAGGCUGUAAAGAUGGUGUUGCUGUUGCGUAUGGUCGAAGCUCAAGUAUAUUAGGCCCAAUUGAUACAUAUUUAACUUCACCAAAGUGUUUAAAUCAAACAGCUGAUAUCUAUCUACAACCAUCACCAUUCGAUGCCGUGGAAUUAAUUGUACAAAUAUUAAAACACUCACACGGAAAAGUUGAUAUAUUAGCCCUUGGUCCAUUGACAAAUAUAGCUGAAGCUAUUUCGACAGAUCGAACAAUAGUCAAAAAAAUUGGCACGUUGUAUUUUUCGGGUGGUGAUUUUCAAGCAUUGUCACAAUUCACGUUAUUACCUCCUGCACAACAACCAUCGUUUCCUUAUCACACUAAAAAUAAAGGAAGUAGUUGGAAUGUUUUUCUAGAUGUACUUGCUAUGCAACGUGUAGCAUCAAGUGGAAUCAAACUUGCUGCUAUGCCAUCGCCAACACAACUUUUAUUACCCACUAAUUUAACAAUGUUAGAAAUACUAGUUAAAAAGUUCAAUAUUAAGUUAACACCGUUUCUUCAUGGACUAAUAACAAACGCUGCUAAGUGUACAAAUCAAGACGAAGGAGAAAUUAAGUGGUGGGAUAAUAGUGCAGCACAAUUAAUGGUUCAAAUGCAAACAAAAAAUAACAAAAAGGGUUUCUGUAAAAAAUUUGAAACAGUGUCCACAUUAUUUUUUCUAAUACCUGAAUCUGACCAGUUAUUUGGACACGGUGUAGUUAAUUUAACUAAAGCAGUAAAGGGACAAGCGCCUUUUACAAUAUGCACACAGGUGGAUGAAACCAUAUUCUUAAAAGAAUUUUUAACAAAACUUAUUUCAAAGAAACAUUAUUCAUGUGCAACAACAUACAAGAACCGAUAUGACAUAGCUUUACAACGGCAAUUGAGUGGUUAG